AUGUUGACCACGGGCGGAGGAUGGCAGGACCAAGUGGGCGGACUGCUCCCCGGCAUCAAGUUCUCCGAGUCCCCCGCGUCGCUGCCUCUCUCCAUCGAGUUCGAGGUCCUCGACGUCCCGGAGAGCUUCAUCGACACCCUCAACCAGCACAUGAUCUGCAUUUACACCGGCCGCACGCGUCUCGCGCGAGGCCUCCUCCAGGAUGUCCUGAGGCGGUGGCACGCCAGGAGGCCCGAGAUUGUGCGGCUGACGGCGGAUCUGGUGGGCAACGCACACCUCCUGCGCGCCGCUCUCCUAGCUGGGAAUCUUCCAGCAGUGGGCGCCUGCUUGGGCACCUACUGGACGCAAAAGAAGGCCAUGGCCGGUGGUGCCGAGCCUGCCGAGGUGACGGCGAUGAUCGAAUGCGUCCAGGACUGCAUCUACGGCUGUGCUCUGGGCGGCGCGGGUGGUGGAGGCUUUCUUAUGCUGAUCACCAAGAUGCCCAACGACCUGGAUCGUAUCCGGGCCAAGCUGUCGUCUCUUCCACACUUCCACUCCCUCGUGUUUCACGCCGGCACAGUGGACAUGACUCCGCCCGCCGUGCAUAUCGUCGAGAGCCUGCAAGCUACCCCAAGCACCAGCUGA